AUUUUAAAGAGUGUUUCUAAGAGAAUUGAUUGAUCAAUAACAACAAACCUUAUGAAUUUCAAUUCUAGUUUAAGAAUGGGGUUGACCAGCAACACGGGUUUAUUAUCAAGCUUGCCUCAAAGAUCAGUUUGUGUUAAGGAAAAGAGCAACAAUAUAGAGUUGAGAUGCGAAGUAACACCAGCGCCGUACAUUCUGAGACCCUACGCCGGUCUGUACAACCCAUUCUCACACGGAUGCUCGGUUCUCUGCAACCAUCCAGCCGAUGCCAACGCCAAAGAAUAUGUUAAACGGGUGAAAGAUGCUUGGGCACACGAUGGGAGGACUCAUUGCUUUCACGAAGACCUGUCGAAGUUUCAAGACCAAUCAGACAAGGAUAAAAACAGGACGCCGCAUGAUAUUGUCACCGAAGAUAUGUUUCGGCGAUACACGGAGACAGAUUCCCGACCACAUACUCCGGCACCCACUCUCGCUAGCGGCAAGUCCCGCGGCUCUCGAAGAUGUCUCACGCCUGACCAGCCGCAUCCAAAGACAACUAUUGUGGUAGACCUACGGAGGAGUCACAGCCAAGAGACUCUCUAUUACCACGGCUACACAACAUCUGAAGCGAUACCAUGCAACACAAGUACUACGAUUGACAGAUCCACCUUACCAUCUCUGAACCUCUCCGAAGCUACACACACCAGGCUUGUCAAAGGUGAAUGCGAACAGCUGCCACCGCUUGCUUCUCCGCUGGUUCUGACAAAAAGAACUACUAGAGAACCCAUGGAAAGGAAAAAGAAUCAACUCAAGGCGCUUAAUAUUGGAAAAACACUUAAAAUUAAAAAGUCUGACAUACCCACUUCUCAGCGAUCGAAGAAUGACAAAGAGACCAAUGAUAAAGCAGACAGUAUAGCACCUAUAGACGAUGAAGGUGGUGAAAUCCGAAGACGUGGAAAGCGCCGGCGGAAGGGUCGCGGAGGUGGCAGUGAUCGACUGACGUCUGCGGGGCUUGCAGCGCAGGCACAACAAGAUCCUGAAACACAGGUCGCAGGUAUUGGCACAGAUUCGCACAACUCCAGCUCCCGUCCGUCGCUAGCGGCGCCAAGCGAUGACGUCAUUGUACUACCACUAGUCAAGACCGCCUUUUCCAAGAAAACUGACUCCUUUCUCGAUGAUGACAUACUCAAGUUCUUGCAUAGAGAAGUGGACGAAGAGGCUAUUGAAACAGAGUUUGAUGUUAAGCGUCGAUACGUAUUAGAGGAGGCCCUUCGAACUCGUCCGGAUCGUGCGCUCAGCCAGGAGAUGCAUGCUCUGCUCCGCGAGUUACGGUCCCCUGCUGUCUGCCUUGGAGACUGGCUACACGUACCUCGCGUCUUCUCCAGAAAAAACUCGCAAUUCGGACUGCCGACUGACUCCAAUGACCUGGAAAAACUGACAGCGAUGCAGUACGCCUCAAGAUUCGUCACGUUAAAGAAGUCGAAACAAUUGCUAUAUUUGACAGUACUUAGGAAGUUCAGGCCCAAUUCGUAUAGGAUGCCAAAAAAGGACAUACAAGAAGGUCUCAUUCUAAUGAUGGGCGGCAUAAUGACACAUGAGCAGGCAACACAGUAUGAAAGUAUCAUGGAGUGGCAACACUACCUAGACGAAGAUUUCUCGGAUGAAAUAAAAUUGCAUAUGCUUGACACAUAUCGUAAGCAAAACGCCGAAGGUGAUACUGGCGAGUCAGUUAUCAACACUAUAAAGUAUAGAACAUGGUGUGGCUUGUGCGCCAUUUGUGAACGCAUGUACGGUCGGUUCCCACCCAGAGACAAGGAUCCACCUGAAGGGAUCGAGCUCAGCGACUUUACAAUGAUAGAAACAAAAUUAUCCGCCUUGAACGUUCAUCGUGGAUUACUCGAAAUAUUAAAUACAAUUCGGUCGCGCUGAGUGGCAUGAGAAGGUUUUAGGGCAAGUGUACAUAAAGCUAAACGCUAAAAAGGGCUGGAGACGUAUCUGCGCAGUAACCAUUUAUCGACCAAAUCAGAAAGAAGAAAGAUGUGGGGGAGUGCACUCAGUGCUCCUACACUCGCUUGCGAUGCGAACUAUCUACAAGGCUGAAGUUGAGUUUACGUUUUCGUAUACCUACCUUAGCUAAAUCAGUGGGAAUUUUCAAUCAACCAAGUUUUCUAAUUUAUUUUCUGUACACCAACGCCUAAUUCAAAAUAUCAACAGGUAUAAACAGCUGUAACGAAGUGUAAAGAUUUCCCGUUUAACUCGUUUAAAUAUACCAUCCGAGUUCUCGAUUUUUACAUAGUUUUAAAAGCGGUUAAUACUUUUUUUUUGUAAUUAAAGAUUAUUAUUGAGAUUCAUGUUAUAUUAUGAUUUUUUAUAAAGCAUUAUAAUAUUCA